AUGGAAAAGCAAUGCCCCGUGUGCUACUUCAACUUGCCGGACCCAGAGUCAGCCAUCGCCCCGUACGACACGGAACUGAAUUAUUUCAUGUGGGGACCAGGCUUCGAAUGGCAACCAGAACCAGAGGUUAAAAAUAUAUUAGUGGAGGAGGAAAAUUACGAAGAGUCUGAACAAUCGGAAGAAUCUGUUGCAGGGUUAGAAGAAUUAGACGAAAAGGUAAGUCGAAAUGAAGCCAAAAAUAUGUUCAAUAAUAAGAGCAGCAAUGGAAAAGUAACCAUAGAAGAUGCUUCACACAAUGCCAGGAAAUUGGGACUAGCUCCAUCAAGCUCAGACGAGAAGAAAAUUAGAGAUCUGUAUGGAGAUAGUUUAACCUACGAGCAGUACUUAGAAUAUCUAACCAUGUGUGUGCACGAUAGGGAUAACAUGGAAGAGCUCAUAAAAAUGUUUGCACACUUCGACAAUAAUGCUUCUGGAUUUUUGACCAAGCACCAAAUGAGGAAUAUUUUGACAACAUGGGGUGAUGCCUUGACUGAGAAGGAGGCCAACGACGCGCUCAACGCGUUUUCUUCGGAGGACCGAAUUGAUUACAAGUUGUUCUGUGAGGAUAUUUUGUCGUAG